AGACGUCAGUGUUGCCGGAAACAGAGGACCAGGAAACACGAAAGAAAGACUGAAUCCUUAGCACAGGAUUCUUAGGCCUGGAAAUACUUGGUUAUUGAAGCAAACCGAUAUGUUCUGAAGUCGUCCUAUCACUAAUAUGCAGACUGGGGUGUCCCCAAAAUGUGAUUUGUUGAACGGAAGUGGUACAUUCCGUGUGCUUGUUGGGGUGACGGGUAGCGUCGCGGCUCUAAAACUGCCUCUUUUGGUCUCCCAACUUCUGGAAUUACCAGGGGUGGAGGUGCGAGUGGUUUCAACCGAGCAUGCUCAUCACUUCUAUAACCCGGCGGAGAUAUCGGUUAAGGUCUACACAGACAAGGAUGAGUGGGAGCUGUGGACGCAGCGCUCCGACCCUGUGCUGCACAUCGAGCUCAGGCGCUGGGCAGACCUAUUUGUGAUCGCUCCACUAGAUGCCAACACCCUUGGGAAAAUUGCAAGUGGCAUCUGUGACAAUCUACUGACGUGUGUGGUGAGAGCGUGGGAGAGCUCCCGGCCUCUCCUCUUCUGUCCCGCCAUGAACACGGCCAUGUGGAACCACCCAAUCACAGCCCGGCAAAUAGCCAGCCUCAAAGACUUUGGAUACGUGGAAAUCCCUUGCAUUGCCAAGAAACUGGUGUGUGGAGAUGAAGGUCUGGGAGCCAUGGCAGAGUUGUCAACUGUUAUAAAUGUUGUGAAACAGUACCUUCAGAAGUCUGAGUCGUCUCGCCCCACAUGAAAGUGAUAUAUCCUGUAUGAGGAGUCCAAAGAGCGGUAUAGAUACCCCUUGUGUAGGAGGGGACAGUGUUCAGUCCUGCUCUGCCGUCUUUAGAGUCCGGCUGUAGCCGGAACUGCUUGAGCUGCAAAUCUACCUGAUGCUGCGACUUCUUGGCCUGUGUCUGCACCCUCAUCCCGACUGAGCUCAAUAAUCUAAUUUUAAGUGUAUUAUUUACACACGACGGGGCCCCUGUUCUCAACCAGACGAUUUAUUUGGAAUGCAAAUAACCACAGAGUCUUGUCCCCUGAGCUCUGACUUGUCUGCCUGCCAUUGGCUGCUGUGAGCCUCCAUUGUGUUUUACAUCAUGGCCUUGUGGAUGAUGUGGAGGAACAGGGCGAGUGAAGGUGCAUCACAUGAUGUGCUGCUCGGCUCUGCACACCUGGUCCUCAGGGAGGGCCUUUGCGGAAGCAUUUCAUGGCUACCUACAAAUGAACAUUGUUUUAGUUUACAACUAGCUAUGUGCUAGCUAUGUGCUAUCUUUGACACAGACUGUGUCAAAGAUUAAAGUAGUGAUACACCAGGUGGUUUGUAGAACAGACAUGGGAGUGUUGAUUCGGAUAAGGACAGUUUGAUCCAAAUGGAAAGGGCUGAUUUAAGUAAAAUAUUUACACAGUAAGCUUUACUUAUCUAGUUCUAAUAAAAUGAAGGAAAUAAAAAAUAGGAUCAACGUA